CUCCAACGUGUCGGCCACAGCUUUAGUGCUGUCAGCUUCUGUGUAGAGUCAGUUAGCAAGUCUCACGCUAACCUCAAGCUAACUGGUGAACACGUUAUUACAACAGAUGCUGUAGACUUCAGGGCUGUUUUCAUAAACAUCUGGUGGAGAUAUGAACCUCUCUAAGCUCCAGAUCUUGCUGCCGUGGAUCCUCGGGGUGCUUGCCGGUAAGUCUACCUGUGUGUCGCUGUUGUGCUCCGAGGAUGAGACUCGUCUGGUGAAAGACUUGUUUACUGGCUACAACAAGGUGGUGCGUCCCGUGAACCACUUCAGUGACGCCGUGGAGGUCACCGUGGGACUGCAGCUGAUACAGCUCAUCAGUGUGGAUGAAGUGAACCAGAUCGUGACGAGUAACGUUCGUCUCAAACAGCAAUGGUUAGACGUGAACCUGAAUUGGAAUCCGGAUGACUACGGAGGCAUCAGGAAGAUAAGAAUCCCUUCAACCGACAUAUGGAAACCUGACCUGGUGCUAUACAACAAUGCCGACGGUGACUUUGCCAUCAUCCAUUUAACCAAAGGCCUGCUGGAGCACACCGGGAAGAUCACGUGGAACCCUCCGGCCAUCUUUAAGAGUUACUGUGAGAUCAUCGUCCUGCAUUUCCCGUUUGACCUGCAGAACUGCAGCAUGAAACUGGGAACCUGGACGUACGAUGGACUGCUGGUCAUCAUCAACCCGGACAACGAUCGGCCUGACCUCAGUAACUUCAUGGAGUCGGGUGAAUGGGUGUUAAAGGACUACAGGAGCUGGAAACAUUGGGUUUACUACACCUGCUGUCCCAACACGCCAUACCUCGACAUCACCUACCACUUCCUGAUGCUGCGGCUGCCUCUCUAUUUCAUCGUCAACGUCAUCAUUCCCUGCAUGCUGUUCUCUUUUCUCACCGGACUGGUCUUCUACCUGCCUACUGACUCCGGUGAGAAGAUGACUCUCUCCAUCUCUGUCCUGCUGUCUCUGACCGUCUUCCUGCUGGUUAUUGUGGAGCUGAUCCCCUCCACCUCCAGCGCUGUUCCUCUCAUAGGGAAAUACAUGCUCUUCACUAUGGUGUUCGUCAUCGCCUCCAUCAUCAUCACCGUCAUCGUCAUCAACACGCAUCACCGCUCGCCCAGCACGCACACCAUGCCCGCCUGGAUCCGCAAGGUCUUCAUCGAUACCAUUCCCAACAUGAUGUUCUUCUCAACAAUGAAGCGUCCCAGUCAGGAGAUCCGGCAGAAGAGGUCGUUCCCCACUGACAUGGACAUCUCUGACAUCUCAGGUAACCCCACACCCACCAGUGUCACCUACCAGUCUCCCUUCGCUAAAAACCCGGAUGUCCGCAGCGCCAUUGAAGGGGUGAAGUACAUCGCCGAGACCAUGAAAUCAGACGAGGAAUCUAACAAUGCAUCAGAGGAGUGGAAGUUCGUCGCCAUGGUGUUGGACCACAUCCUGCUCUGCGUGUUCAUGGCCGUGUGCAUCAUCGGCACGCUCGCAGUCUUUGGCGGGAGACUCAUCGAGCUCAACACGCUGUAGAGGCACUGACCCGAUGUGUCGUCAGAGUCGACGUCACACUUCGACGUGCGUCCUGUUAAUAGAUCGGUUCAGGUUGUUUCUUUAACCCUUUCAAAUGUACACGUCUGGGUAUCUACUGAACUCCAGGAGGCUGCAGAUGAGGUCGCAUCUUAAAGGCACGAGUCUCGCGAUCUACUUGAAGCGGUCGGUUCUUUGUGCAGUGUUUUAUUGCUGCGAACAGCACAAGUGAUUUUGUUUUGUCUUUAGUGGCAGCUUGAUUUAAGGUCUGAGUCAGAGGACGUUCGGAAAUGUUCAAACCUUUAACAUGAGAACCUUUUCACGUCGAUGGAGAUGUUUAAUUCUAUUUCAAUCUAACUUUAUUGCCAGGUGUAAAUGAGUAAUGACAGUCUUGGUCGUCGAGUGCAGGCAAUACAUAUUUCUGCCUGGAGGUUUUAUUGUUUGUUUUGCCUGACACUGGACUUCUGAGCUUCUCAUUUAUAUUUAUGGCUCACGGUUGUGAAUUGUGUAAAUAUUCAUGGGUUAGCGACACGGUUUGCUUCGUCACCGACACGUAUAAAUUCCUCUUUAACCUGUUGUACAGUUUGUUAAGCGCUUAUUAGUUUUUAGUAUAAUUGUUCGAUAAAUUAUCUGCUUUUAAAUCUGUCACAGCUCAGAGAUGUGUUGCAGGUAAAUGUAGAGCCAACAAAGACUUGUUACGCUACAAUACCUGACAUCAAAGGUAUCAUUUUAAUAAAUGAGGUCAAACAAUUCUCUCAUUUAGAGAACAUGAUAUUAAAGCUAAUAGGAACUGUGCGUGUUGUACAAUAACUAACAUAUUAAAGUGAGUGAGUGUUACCACAGCUGCGACCGUCCAUUCACUUCUUUAAUAAUACAAUAAAACUUCUGCUGUCAUAUUGUCCUGAUCAUUUAUUGUCUUUUAAUAUAUAUUUGGUUGUGUAAUGUGAAAGAGUAACAAAU